CAGAAACAGCAUUGGAUUGUGGGUAGUAUAUCUUGUCGUUUCCUUAAUUAGUUAUGGCUACAGUAGCAGAAGGGUAACCUUUUUUGAAAUCAUAGUUUUCUUUUACAAAUCUCUAGUUUAGAAGUACAGUUGUAUGUCAAGUCGCAUGAGUCCACAGCGCGUGUAUUUUUUAUCGACUCAUCCACUUGGAAGAACUACAGGUUGACUGCUUGAAAAGUUAUUACCAAAAUGAGUUUGAACGAGCACUCUUUGCAAGCUCUGUCAUGGAGAAAACUUUACUUGAGUCGAGCAAAGCUGAAGGCUACGAGCAGAACUUCAGCUCUCCUGUCGGGUUUCGCAAUGGUGGCUAUGGUGGAGGUGCAGCUGGAGCAAAAUCAUGUGUAUCCCCAAGGGCUGCUGAUAGCCUUCAGCGCCUGCACCACUGUCCUGGUGGCAGUGCACCUUUUCGCCCUGAUGAUCAGCACCUGCAUCCUGCCAAACCUGGAGGCCGUCAGCAACGUUCACAACUUGAACUCGAUCAACGAGUCGCCCCAUGAGCGCAUGCACUGCUACAUUGAGCUGGCCUGGGCCUUCUCCACUGUCAUCGGCACCCUUCUCUUCCUGGCCGAGGUGGUUCUGCUGUGCUGGGUCAAGUUCCUGCCCCUCAGUCCCCCAAGUGAUAAAAAUAGCACCGUCAAUUCUGGUGAGGCGGCAGCCAUCGUCUCCACCGCCAUCAUGGUGCCGUUUGGACUGGUUUUUAUCGUGUUCGCUGUGCACUUCUACCGCUCUCUAGUCAGUCACAAAACUGACCGUCAGUUUCGGGAGCUGGAGGAGCUGUCCAAUAUCACCCGGCUGCAGAACCAGCUGGACCACAGGGCGGAGACGACCAGUCUGCAGCCCUCCUCCGUCCACUUCCCCUAAUGGGAGCACACACAAGGAAGGAGUUAGAGCAGUAGGCAGCUGGAAGAAAUCUAUAAUGAAACAUUUCAAAAGUAUCUAUUUGCAUGAGCACCAUGAGAAAGGAUACUUUAUAUAGUAAUAUAUCCUUUUUUCAGGUGUUUUGUAUUGGGAUUUGGACUCUGCUCUAGGCCUUUUUCUAUUUGUGUAAAUAGUUGGGGAGAGGUCAGAAGAAUUUGCUUUGUAUUGUUCACUAGUUUGGACUCAAGCCACUAUUUUGUUUACUUUGCUGCAUGUCUAUUGUCUGAAUGUGAGUGAGCACCUGUAUGAAAAUAGUUUUUAAAUAUUUUUUACAUCUUCAUUACAUAGAAGAUGAUAUUUGUAGUUAUGUCACAUACACAUAACUACACUAAGUUUAGUCUAUGGUGGCUGGGGAACACCAAAAGUGUGGGAUGAACAUACUGUAAGAGAACAUUUUGUGAAGUAGCUAGAAUUAUUAAUUUAACAAAACGAUAACCAGCCAAUUUCCAUGAAAGGAAAACUGCUCAGGAGAGCAUAAUGUAGUAACUGCUGUAAUAGUGCUGGUGCAAGGGAAGAGCAGAAUUGAGAUUUUUAGUUAGUUGACCUUAAUCCAUUUGAUCAGGUCUGGAAUAUAUACCUUUUAUAUUUUAACAUUUUAAACUCCAUACAAUUGAUCAGAUUUGCUCCGAUGGUCAUUUGAUGAGUUAAUGUAUUUUAAGCACACAUACUGUUACAUGAUAGACAAAUACAAGUGUGGAAUUUGAAAUGUAUUUGUUUAUCCUUUCCUCUACAUUGUGGAAUUAUUAGACUGGUUGGUUGGGAUAUUGUUCCCAGUUCCUCAUGUCAGGCUGAAAUACCAUCCUCAACGUAAAGUACUUCCCUUAACAAUAUUGUAAAGCUCUGUUUGUUUUGUAUUCACGACAAAUCACAAGUAGCUACUUCUAGAGGAAAUACUUCACCAAACUAGAGGGCAAAUUAAUAAAUACAUUUUUAUGGAGGCAAAAUA